AUGGAGCUUUUUUAUCCUUUGGCAUUAAUAGCAGGAAUUCUGGUUGCUUUCAUAUUACCGGUUAUAGUAGCAAGGUACCGUGAGGACUUCAAGGCGGAAAUUCCUCCUGAAGUUGACCAGCCUUUAAAGUUCUACUUAUAUCAUUUACUAUAUUCUCUGAUGGAAAUGAUGGCAAAGAACUUAGAAUAUUUGGGUAUCUUGAAGGAGCAUAUAUUUAUACGAUUCCUUUGUGAUGGGCUGCCAGCACUCAGGGAUCCAAAGCUCUUCACAAAGGAUCAACRUUUCGGGGAGGUGCCAGUGAGAAUUUACCUCCCAAGAUUGGCAUCUGCAAGCAAGCGGAGAGCAGUYAUCUUCAUCCAUGGAGGAUGUGGGAUGUUUGGAAGCAUCAGAAGCCAUGAAAAAGUGUGCCGGUACAUAGCCCAAAAGUCCGAUUCGGUGGUUGUGUCUGUCGGGUACCGUUUAGCUCCUGAACAUAAGUAUCCAGGCCAAAAUUUGGACUGCCUUGCUGCUACUGUUCACUUUUUGCAGACUGCAGAAAACUACGGGGUGGAUUCUGACCGCAUUAUUAUUUGUGGGGAUAGUGCUGGGGCCACAUUCAGUACCAGUGUUUGCCAAGAACUGACAAAUAGGACAGAUAUUCCAAAGAUACGUGCCCAGGUAAUGAUCUAUCCAUUUCUCCAAGCUCUGAAUUUUAAUCUGCCUUCUUAUCAGAAAAAUGCUCUCAUUCCCCUCUUGUCCCGGAAGCGUUUAGUUCAUUUUAUCCUCAAAUACCUGAAUAAGGAUCCUGCUUUGGAAGAAGCUCUUUUGGCAGGUUCUCACGUUCCUGAGAGUAUAAAUUUAAAAUACAGAAAGUGGAUAAAUCCGGACCUUAUCCCAGAUAAAUUUAAGCAGGGCUAUAAAGCACCACUGUCCACUCCAUGUGAAGCUCAAGUCUACGAAGAAGUCAAAGAAGUAUUUGAGACAACAUUUUCCCCACUAUUAGCAGAAGAUUCGGUGGUUUGCCGCCUACCUGAUACCUGCAUAAUCACCUGUGAGCAUGAUGUGAUCAGGGACGAUGGGCUGCUGUACAAGAAACGUCUGGAGGACAACGAUGUAAAAGUGACCUGGUACCACCUUGAAGAAGGCUUCCACUGCGCCCUGGGAUUUUUUGGUUACAGUAUUUUCUCUUUUCCAUCAUCAAAGAAGAUCGUCGACCAUGUUGUAAACUUUAUAAAGGGCUAUUAA